AGCAGCAUUAGAGGUUCUCCACGGACCCCUCCUGGGAACGGGACACUGUCUGAUGACUUUUCUGAGCCUGAAGAUAUAGAUGGUGACAUUGGGACAUACACAGCCCAGGGCUGGAAGGAAAAAAACCUGAAAUAUACCUCUGAACCAGAUGAUUUUAACAGGAAAACAAAAGUGCUGUCAUCUCUGGAUUUGAAAGAGAAAGAUGGCAAAAAUACAAGGCACCCAGAAGAAAAGCUGGAGCGAGAACUAAAGGAGGCAAAAAAGAGGCUGGUACCUUGUACUCAACAGCGAUCCUUGUUGUGUGAUUCAAACAGGACUGACUUAGGUGGAACCAGUCCAGGGUAUCGAAACAAAGGAACGCUGGGGACUUCAGAGGAGAAGGAUGCUGACUGGAGAAAAGAUGUGUUCAAACUAUCUGGUUGUCCUGUGCCUCUCGUAUUUGCAGACGACGCUCCACCAGCUUUGCCAGUUGACACAAAAGAUGCUCUAAGGAGUCCAGAUGCAGUUGCCAGGGAGCAUGCAGCUGGCCGGCCAAAAUCCCCACUGAGGCUCAUAGCCAAUGCGAUCAAACGGUCCAUUUUGGAACCUCUAACCUCGUCUCCAGAAGGACUAAAGCAGGACUCAGAGAGCAGAGUCAAAGCCUCUUCAGAACAAGCUUUCUUCAGCUUCCCCAGUACUCCUAGCUAUUCCCUAAGCCAAAGGAACAGUAACAAUAAUAGAGCAAAUAACACUCAGCCACAGGAGCUUAAAGUAGGGGAGUGGGCAGGAGAAUAUUUAGGAAAUGGGAGCGCUCUCUCAAAUGCAUGUCAUUUUUCUGUUGGGUCUGAAGAGAGAUCACCAAGGGAUUACAGCAAGGAGGUAUCCUUCCCAGUCUACAGUCCUCACACUAGGCCUUCCAAGACGACCAGAAUACCUCAUAAAUCAUAUUGCACUAGGAUGGAGGAUGUCCCAGGACUCCUAGAAAAGUUUACCUUUAAAGAGACUCCUCCAGGGACUCCCAUGGAUGACAUAUUUAUCUGUAAUGAAAAGUACCUCCUUCUUUCAUCUCCAGAGCCCAAGAACAACUCCAAGAACAAUCUGGAUGACUCUGCACACAAGGGUAGUCUUGGGUCGCUCUUUGAUAGACUGAGAAGUAAAGUUCAUGACAGAGAAGGGAAUUCCUUCGUGUCAUCUCUGCCUUUUGUGAAGGACCGUUCUCCAGAAGACAGGCUACAUCAUCCUUCCACAGGAUGUGAACACCUACCUGUCAGAAAACAAGCUACCGAGUAUUCUACUUCUUCCUCCAAUGAUGAAUUUGAACCCAAGCCUUCAUUAACACACAAGGCAAAAAGAACUCUCAGAAGGAGAAGGAAGCUGGAGAAGGAGACAAAGCAAUUGAUUAAACAAGAGGAGCUGAAGAGGCUUCACAAAGCACAGGCAGUCCAGCGCCAACUAGAAGAAUUGGAGGAAAGACAAAGAGCUCUGGAGAUUUUUGGUGUCAAAUUGGAGAGAGAACUAAGAGGAGAAUCAGAUUCAGGCACAAAGGAUGAAACUCAGAUGCUACAUGAAUGGUUUGAGCUGGUCCUGGAGAAGAAUAAAUUAAUGCGUUAUGAGUCUGAGCUCCUGAUUAUAGCCCAAGAGCUAGAAUUGGAGGACCACCAAAGCAGAUUGGAACAAAAGCUGAGAGAGAAAAUGGCCAUUGAUGACAGCCUUAAAGAUGAGAUGGAUCUGAAUGAGGAGGAUGAAAUUUUUACUGAGAUGAUGAAAGUGGUUGAAGAAAGGGACAAACUCGUGUCUACCUUAGAGGAGCAGAGAGUGAAAGAAAAAGCAGAAGACCAGCACUUUGAAAGUAUUAUAUUAUCUAGAGGCUAUCAGCUUAGCAGGAUUUAA